UUCCUCGAGUAGUCGGGUAUAUUGGGUGUUUUUAACUUAAUAAGGUUGUAGAGUUUGUCAUUCGUGUUUGUGGUCCAUGUAUUUUGGACCUUAGUAGGGGGAAGGUAUCUUUUGCAAUUAGUGUAGUUGGCUUGUAAAUUGUGAUAGAAGAAACUCAAAGUGCUCGUGAUUGUUUAAGCCUUGCCUCGUUAGGACCUUUCGGCACUCAUUUAAUUUUAAAUUAAUAUAUCUCUGAACUGAAAUUAUGAGGCUAAUUUGUGAUCAUUGCGGAAUCUUUUAUUCCAAAGUUCCUUCCACAUGUAAACUUGCACAAGGUUUUUUCUUCGCCAGUGCUGAUUUUCCAUAUAAAUCUAAGCCAUUCACGAGCCUGGCAAAAAUUUUAGCAUGCAACAUAGACAUACCACUUUAUGUUAGAAAAACACAAAUCAGCUUAAUACUUAAAAGCGAGAAAAACACAUUGUCCCACAUACUUGGCUUAUGUUUGAUUCCUUACCUUUACAUGAAUCAUCCUUGAAGUUCUGAUGAAGUCAUUCUCAUUUCCUUUAUAACUUCAAUUUUUGUUUUGGGUUUAAUCCUUCGUACUUUACACUAGCUUAAUAGCAAUAACAUAUGUCACUCUGUUUGUCUUCAUUUCCCCACUUCAUUUUCCGUUAACAACCAUGUCUCGCCGAGAAACCAAUCCUCAUUUUUCUAGACCACCACCGCGAGGACAUCCCGAAGAUCAUCGACAGUCACCUAUUCUAUUCGUACCAGCCUCAGAACACCAUGGCCAAUAUCCACCACCAGCACAUGGAGUAGCACCUACGCAACAAGAAGAUCCCCCUUACCACCCUCAUUUUCCAUUGCAGCCGCGACCACAAGAACAUCCCUAUCCAUUGCGGCCCCAGACGCAAGGACCACCACCACCACCGCCUACCUCAAAAGUGCCGACCCGUGACAAGCGUAGCAAACCACAACAACAAUCACCACCACCACCAGAAGGACGAAGGAAGCGGCAAGAAGGUUUAGCUUACCCACCAAGCAAGCAAAAGGUAAAAAUUAGUGAGCCAUCAUCUUCCAAGCCUCCCGUUGUCACCCCAGUGCUACCCCCACUUAGCCUCUCUCCUGAGCCUCGGCAGCAACUUCGUGAACCUCACAGCCCCACCCAAAAGCAGAGACAUGAUGGGCCGCGGCACCACCGCCCUCCAUGGUUGCCUCCGCCGAAAAAGUCCAACCCUCUAACAUGGUGUGGUGCUGUGUUAUGCGUAAUAUUUUGGCUGAUCAUAAUCAUAGGAGGGUUGAUAGUCCUAAUAGUGUACCUUGUUUUUCGCCCCCAGAGCCCUCAUUUCGACAUAUCUGGUGUCACCCUGAAUGCUGCAUACCUGGACUUUGGAUAUCUACUCAAUGCUGAUAUCACCAUUCUUGCAAACUUCACAAAUCCAAACAAGAAGGUUCAUGUAGACUUCAGCACAGUGAGCAUCUAUCUAUAUUACGGAAAUACCCUCAUUGCAACUCAAUAUGUGGAACCUUUCUCUGCUGCAAGGGCUCAGUCAAGGUUUGCAUAUAUUCACAUGGUGACUAGUCAAGUUAAGUUGCCACUGGGAGAGAGCCAGCGCAUAGUGAAGCAAAUGGAAAGCAAUGGAGUUUUGUUGAGUGUGAGGGGUGUUUUCAGAGCAAGGUCUAAACUGGGAAGCAUCUUAAGGUAUUCAUAUAACCUCUAUGGCCUCUGUAAUCUCAUGGUCACGCGCCCGCCAGAUGGGGUUUUGCUCAAAAAGAAAUGCAGAACGAAACGCUGAAGCACCAUAUUCUUUUUUGUCCUUCAACAUUGGGGUGUUUUUUUGGUUCUACUUAGUUUCACCAUAUUCUUCUUCUUCAAAUAGCAGCUUAAUUGGGUUAACCUUUGUCGUCUUAUUUAUUUAUUUAUUUUCUUUUUUGCU